AUGGAGAGGAACAGUUUGAGUAGCAACGUGAAUGGCCAUAGUAAUAUUGGAAGUAGAGCGUGCAACAACAAUGACAAGAAGAAGAAGCUUAGAGAUUCAUGGAACUUUAGCAGCUGCCAAAGCAAUGGACAUGAUUAUCUUGGUGGGCUUUCUUGGCCUCCAAGAUCGUACACGUGUAGCUUCUGCAAAAGGGAAUUUAAAUCUGCUCAAGCUCUCGGAGGUCACAUGAAUGUUCAUAGGAGAGACAGAGCCAGGUUGAGACUGUCACCUCCAAGGGAUGAACAGUGUCCUAUUCUGACCCUUAACCUGAACCCUAACCCUAGUUUCUGUACUCCAUUCAAUCGCACAAUACCAUCCUUGGUUUCUCCUCCUCUUACUGAACUAUCUACCCCAUCUUUAGCUUCCGAAGUCAAGAAAUGGACCGUUGGUGGUAACCCUCUCGACCCUUCAAGCCCCAACCUUUCUGAUUUAACAACAAACGUGAGCAGAAAAUCCUUCUUUGAAAACUUCGAUGGUUUCACAAGACAAGAUGGAUUCAAGAUCUGGAAUAAGGGUGAGAUUGUGAGGUUAGAUUUGGAUAUUGGUCUUGUCAGUGACUCCAAGGAUGAUUUGGAUUUGGAACUUCGACUGGGAUCUCUUAAUUAG